UCACUUACCCUCGGCCUCACUUAUAAUCUGUCCCACCAAACAGAGGGGAUUCUGAUCCAAAGUCAUUUGUUGCCAUACCAUGGCAGGAGACUGUCAUUCCUCUAUCGGCGUUUUUCCACCCCCCGUCAGAUUUGGAAUAUGACUGCAAAGCUCGCUGCACACUUUCCCUCCCAUCUUCCUAGGGGAUUACCGCAGGAAUAGUGUGUCUGUGGGCUUGUGACUGUGUCUGCUUCUGAUGGUUUCAAGUGGAGCAGCGCGAGCGGAUCACCAUGAGAGGGGGUCACCACCAGCGAGGCUGUGGGUGUCAGCAUCUGUUCAGGAAACUUGUCAGUAAAUGCGGCUGCUGCUUAGUCAGAAGUAGAGCUGAGUCGUACUCCGUGGCGGGCAGUGAAGGCAGCAUCGCUCCGUCUGUGGGAUCCCUGCCCCACCAGGCCUCAGGCAGCACCAGCCCCUGCUCCCACUCCUCGUCCGGAGCAUCCCGGCACCCCGUCAGCGCCCUGAAAAAAUGGCUCACCAAUCCGGUCCGGAAGCUGAGCUCCGAUCCCAGAGGUGGAACGGGGAAAGCCGAGAAGCCGACGUUCAAGGCGGAGGGAAAGCAGAAGCCUUUCUCACUCGGUGAGGCUCGGCAGAGUUCACUGGAAGUGCACAAUAACUACACCAUCCUGUCGUCUGAAAACACGGAGUGGAAAAGUCCCACAGCUGUGUCCCCUUCCCUGCCGUCUCGAGAGAGCUACUUAUGUGAUCUUCUGGAUGACUCACAGAGCCCAAGUCAAACAUCCGACGUGAACGCUCAGCAGGUGGAGGACGGCUGUGCUGAGGCUGAAGACUCGUCCUCUGCUGUAGUGGACAGCGAAGAAGAGAAAAGGCUCGCCCUGGAGAAGAGCUUAUAUGUGUUGAUGGAGCUGAUAGAGACAGAAAGGCUAUAUGUGGAAGAUCUUGGACUGAUAGUUCAGGGCUACAUGACCAUGAUGGCCAAUCAGGGUGUUCCAGAGGACAUGCGAGGCAAGGACAGGAUUGUGUUCGGAAACAUCCACCAGAUCUACGACUGGCACAAGGACUACUUCCUGGGAGAGCUUGAGAAAUGUGUCAGCGAUCCAGACAGCCUGGCCCAACUCUUUAUUAAACAUGAGCGGCGUCUUCACAUGUACGUGGUUUACUGCCAAAACAAACCCAAGUCGGAACAUAUUGUCUCCGAGUACAUCGAGACCUACUUUGAGGAUCUCCGGCAGCAGCUGGGACACAGGCUGCAGCUCAAUGAUCUCCUCAUCAAACCCGUUCAGAGGAUCAUGAAGUAUCAGCUGCUGCUGAAGGACUUUUUGAAGUAUUACAGCAAAGCAGGAAGGGAUGUUGAGAAGCUUCAGAAAGCGGUGGAAGUGACGUGUUUUGUGCCAAAACGCUGUAACGAUAUGAUGAAUGUUGGAAGGCUGCAGGGUUUUGAGGGGAAGAUUACAGCUCAGGGGAAGCUGCUUCAGCAGGACACUUUCUCCGUCAGCGAGCAGGAAGCCAACCUCGUGUCCAGAGCGAGGGAGAGACGUGUCUUCCUAUUUGAGCAGCUGGUCAUCUUUAGUGAGCCCAUUGAGAAGAAAAAAGGCUUCCCUCUGCCGGGGUACACCUUUAAGAACAGCAUCAAGGUCAGCUGCCUGGGUGUGGAGAGGCCAUCGGAAGAGGAUCCAUGCUGCCUGGUCCUGACCUCCCGGGGGACGGACAGCAGUAUAACACGAUUCAUCAUGCGUGCCCCGUCUCCGGAAAUACAGCAAGCCUGGUACAACGAUGUGGUCCAGAUCCUAGAGACUCAGAGGAACUUCCUAAACGCCCUCCAGUCUCCUAUAGAGUACCAGCGCAGGGAAAACUCAACCAAUAGUUUGAGAAGCAGCAUGAAGUCUGCGGAUGUGCGACCGACUGACUCCUCAUCCCCCAUGGACAGGCGUCACCAGCCCUGCCUGCUGUUUUACAACAACUCCCUGCCCUCUCUGCACUCGCCACGACUCAGCUCUACGUCGCAGGUCUCUAACACGUCUGCUGUGACUCUUCGAGGGGCCCACCCGCCGUUUUCCUCCCACCAGCAGCUCAGCUUGUGCACAGAGGCGAAACACGACUGCAGCACCUUCAGCCACCCGUCGCCCUGCAGCCAUCACUGCUGUAAGGGUGUGAGCGCCAGUUUCCAGACCAUUGCGUUUUGUGAUGGAGCAGCCUACCCAGCUCAUCGUCCAACCAGCUUGGAUCAGCUAAAGGAGAGCGAGCAGCACUGAUCACCACCGAGGCAUGAACUCUUUUCACCCGUCUGGAGUCUGUAAGGACAGAUCUUUACACUUCUGCACGCUGGACAGCCCGCAAAGCCAGCCUGGAGUGGGUCUGAGACAAGAAACCGCGUUUGAGUCUGCCUGUCUGCAUAUGCCACAUGUAAACCUACACAGCUUAUCAACAUGCUGUCAGUGACUGCAAUUAUGAAAAUGUUGUUUGAUUUCAUUGCAGAGACUUUCAUGUUCUUUGCUGUUGUAUAUGUUUAAUUUUCUUCUCUCCUGUUUUUCACUGGGUAUUUUCAAAGACUUCAACUUGUCUCGAUCGGCCAUGUCUACUUUUAGUCUCUCUCAGAGCCGACCUAUAAAGUUCCUGUGCUGCAAUCCCAGCUCCGUGUCACAUAACCGUACCCUAAAGAGCUUCGAGUUACUGCAGCCCGUAGUUUCAGGCUCGGAUCAGAUCCACGUGUGCGUUACUGUACCUGCGGGUUAGAAAAUAUCGUGUUUUCUGUUCGAUGGACCGUCUUAAACCCUCGCAUUGUGAGUGUUAUCUGAAUUAAGCACAUUAUGUGUAAACAAAGAGGAAAAAGGGAACAAAGAUUAAACUGAGGUGUUCAUCUGUCACUGUCACUUUGAAAGUUUAUAAGUUGUGUGGCUUCAUAACAGUUUAUAACAGUAUGUUAUGUCCUGAUAAAAAAAGAAUAAAACAAAUGCCCUUUA